GUCGUUCUUCCAUGUUCAUCCGCCGUCGGCGCCCGCGCCGCGAGGCACGCGCGGCAGGACCUGAACGACGUGUUUUUGAUAUGUAGUGCCCCAUACUUCUGCUGCGACGAACGUGGGUACUUCUUCUGUGGAGGAAGCGGUUCAAGCCAUCCGCGAAGGCAAGUUUGUCGUCGUCAUGGACAACGAAGACCGUGAAAACGAAGGCGACUUGAUCACGGCGGCAGAAAAGGCGACGGAAGAGUCGUUGGCGUUUAUGAUUCGAUACUCGAGCGGUGUCGUGUGUGCGCCUCUGACCGUCCAACGCAUCAACGACCUUCAGUUACCUAUGAUGGUACCAAACAACACGGAAGUCCGCAAAUGCAAAUUCACCAUCACGGUCGACCUUGACGAAGGCAACACGACGGGGAUCUCGGCCGCCGAUCGUGCACGAACGAUCCGAGCGCUUGCCGACCCCAACGUACCUGCCCGUGCAUUCAAUCGUCCCGGUCAUGUCUUUCCCUUGGUGUCUGUGGAUGGCGGUGUCUUGGCCCGCGCGGGACACACUGAAGCGUCCGUGGACCUUGCGCGCCUGGCCGGCUGCACGCCUGCCGCGUACAUCUGCGAAAUUAACGACGACAACGGCCGCAUGCUCCGUCGGCCGCAGCUUGAAGUGUUCGCUGAGACCCACAACCUGCCCUUGAUCACGAUAUCCGACUUGAUUCGGUAUCGUUUUUCGCACGAAACAGUUGUUCAGCGGCUGACAGCCCCGACGGUGCUCCACACGCCGUUUGGUGAUGCGACCAAGAUCUCGUUCGGAUCGACCUUUGACGCCCAGCGGUACAUACUCGGCACUAUGUGCAUGCAGUUCAAAGACGUGUGCGUUCAAGUUUUCGAUCUGUAGGUACGAAGCGUUGGUCGUGGGAGACGUCACGUCGACUGGCACGUUGGUGCAUUUGGUGCAAGGAACGUUGGAAGGGUCGAUCGAGGCGCAGUUUGCCCACCAGCACAUUGUUCGUCAAGGCAAAGCUGGUGUGUUGGUGUUCGUGCCAGGAUAUGAAGGGUUGGUCGACGUGAGUGGCGAACUCAUGGCGCAGCAAAGCAUUUUUGGCAUGGGGUUGCAAAUCCUACGUCAGCUGGGUGCGACAUCUGUCGUCCUCCUUGCGACAAUUGCGCCGCCCUUCGACACGAAAGGGUUUGGCGUUGACGUCGAAUGCGUCGAAGUGCUCCAGAAGACCCACUAGAACGCAAAAGUACUACAUAGGCACAAUACACAUUGCAUGUGAACUCGCUCGAGGACGUCAGGCGCCGCCCCAUGUGGGAGCAAGAUCAAUGGUUGCAAAGAUGGAGCUUCAUGGCAGGAUGAACGGGUAUGAAGGUGUACGGGUGCCCAUGAAACAUGCAGAGCGAUCCGAAGGUUGACAGCAACCGCGUUGGGCG